CCAACCGUGGUCCUCCUCUGCUUGCACUGUUUCCAAGUACACUUUUCCAGCGUAUGUCUUGCAGGUCUCAAGAUAAGCGUACCAGUCGAAUGAGAAGUCGGGGGCUUCCCUUUUGUCUCUAUACUUCUGAACCGUACUGUCGAUGAUCUUAUGCAAACGAUUUAUCUCAUCGAGCGAAUUCCCGAUUGCGUUUUCCAUUCCAGCCUGCGAAAGUUGCUCGAUCUUUCCUGCCCAUUCGGCGACUUCAGCCUGCAAAUUCCAUAAUAAUUUCCUUAUGUAUUCGUUCCAAUGAUUCGGAGGCGUUGCUU